AUGCCAACCAUAUCUUCCAUUCCCCUCGACCAAGGAUCUCCUCCCUCUUCACAUCUUCGUCAUUCUCACCACCGUCUUCCUACCCAAUCUUCUCUCUCUACUGUACCUGUGCCGGUCUCUACCUCCCCGGACGACUUCUCUUCUUCUACUCCCUCUUGUCCUCUCAACUCCGCUACCCCCGCGGCUGUCGCACCCCCCACGACCAGAACUGCUACCUUCACGAGCACUACCAGUUUCACUGGCUCCGUAAUUGGUUCGAUCUCGCGACGCAAUCGCCGUUCUUUCGCUGCUCUAGCUCGUGAGAAGACUUCGAACGCUCUUGCCAACCUUUCGGCCAUUGGAGGUACUGCAAACGCUACCCUACGCUCUUCAGCCUCGUCCGGAAGCUUGUCGAAGCAUUCGCGCAAGCCUUCCCAAGUCAGCGUCAGUGAAGCUUCAGGAGUUUCGCCGUUGACUCCGCCAUUAUCCGACAGCAGUACUAGCAGCGAGCAAUUGAGCAACGCGCCUAUUGAGUCCUCCGCCAACCCGUUUUCCCCGGCUGUGGCCGAACAAGUCGAAAGGCGCCGCCAGACCCUUCAACACGUUCCAUCUUUGGUAGGACAACAGACGCAAGCUAUAAUCCCGUCAAAAAUGCAUCAAACAUCGUCGAGGCUAUUGCGUAUGACCGAAGAUGAUCGUCCUUUUACAAAGGAUUUUAUGGAUUUGUUCUCCACCCUGAUGGUCAGCCUAAAGCUAGAUUCGCAUCGCGUACGAUUUACGAGAUAUGACCACUCGUUCACAUCUGAAGAAGCAAUCAACAAUCUUGGGUCCCUUAAGUUUUCCCAGUCGAACCGCAUGCCAGACCCUAAGGAUCCGUCUCGGAUCGUUACGACCACAACGACAACUACUUUCUCCAUGGCUAAGGAAAUGGCUCGCUCAGUAUGUCAACGGUUUGUUGACGCUCGGUUCAUCGAAUCUGUUGACGGCAAAGCUUCCCAAUUUUUCCCGCUGAAGGGUGCUUUAUAUCAACUUACUCCCAAAGGAAUCAAUAUUUUGCAAAGGUUUUGUCAGAGAAAUGGGAUUACUGCACGCCAUGUGAUCGAUGUGUUGGAAUCUCCUCGCAAUACAAUGCAGCUUGUCAAUCUGGAGCGCGAUUCUGAAACCGAUAAGUUAUCGCAUGACCGAGCCACUAUCGAAGUUAUAUUUCGCCGGUUUGCUGGCCAGGAUGGGCCGAAUGUCAAAAGCAGUAUUUCCACCUCGGACUCGGAUUCGCUGAGCGAUUAUUCGAAUGGUCUAGUUGGGGUUAAGAUGGCCAAGGAGCGUAAAAUCAACGAAAAGAUUGUUGCCAACACAUUUACUGGAAAGGUCGCGGUGGAUUGGUUGAUGGAUUGUUCGACUACUAUUGAACGCCGGGAAACUGUUCUCAUUGCCGAACUGUUUGUCAAAUAUGGAUUGAUCACAAUGUUACAGGAAGAUAAGAUGAUACCUCUGCCGGACAACUCGAUAGUUGGAUUCCAGCCAUCCAAGAACGCAAUCUAUGGAAUCACGGAACGAGGCCAACGGGUUUGUGGAUGGAUAGCACGGGACAAGUCUCGUGACACUACGGCCUACGAUAGCCGCGGUAUUCCAAAGGAUUCGAACAAUGCCCGAUUGAAUCACAUUCUCCAUGAUCCUGCUCUGCGACUUCUCUUCCGUGAAUUCCUCCGCUAUUCUCUGUGUGAAGAGAACUUGUCCUUCUACCUGGAUGUGUCAGAGUUUACUGCAACUUAUCACAAGGCGGAGAAGGUGGGCACGUUCAAGAAGCCUGAUUCUGUUCGUGAGACUCUGGCUGCAGCAUAUGGUCUUUAUAAUGCCUUCUUGGCCCCCGGAUCUCCUUGUGAGCUUAACAUUGACCACGCAUUGCGCAACAGUUUGGCCAGUCGCAUGACCAAGGCUGUAGGCGAUGACGAAUCAAUGUUCAAGAGUCUUCAGGAAGUCGUGCACUUAUUCGAGAUGGCGCAGACUUCUGUUUUCAAACUGAUGUCAAGUGAUUCUGUCCCGAAGUUUUUGCGCGACCCUAAGUACGCUCAUGUUCUCCAGGAGCACGACGUAGACUUGAUCGGGGUUACGAGGUCUUAUUCGCCUACCCCAGCUCAAGUUCCGGAACGCUCGAUGAGUCGCUCGGCUCGGUCAUGA